AUGGCUGUCAGCCAAUCAGCAUCCAGGAGCCAAACUACCCAGUUUAUAAUGAAGAACCGAGGAGGUGGGUGUAGCAGGAGAAACCCACAGUCUGCCGUGUCCACAGCGUUCACGCAUGUGGAGAGCGUCGAGCUGGUCCUGCCUCCACACGCUAAUCACCACGGCAACACCUCCGGACGACAAAUCAUGGCUUGGAUGGAGAACGCAGCCACAGUGGCAGCCAGUCGUUUGUGUGGCCGCUUCCCUUCGGAGGUCUGUAGACAUGUUCCGCUUCAGAGGGCCCUCCUCUUGGAGGCCUGUAACUGUGAGGAGUGGACCGCGAACAAAGCGUGUCACAUCAACAGCGCCUCCCUCAUCUACCAGCUGUCUAACACACCUGGAGACUACCUGCCUGUCCCCCAAGUCACAUACACCAACAAGGACGGGGAGAGGAGAUACCUGUCUGCCAUCGUAAGGAAGAUAAUUUUGAUGGCUAGAAAGCACACCCUGUCCUGUAAGGAGGAGGCUCCUAUCUCUGUCCCCCGGGAUAAAAGGAACCAGGUGUAUCUGGGUUUUAACAAUGUAGCAGCUCUGACUGUACUGACUGGGGAAAAGACUGGGGAAGCCAGCAGCAUCAAUGACAGGAUCGGUGUGUUUGUCCAUGAGGAGCUGCUGCUUUGUGUCCAAGUUCAGAUGGUCAUGACCUCUGCCCUCCAUGCCUUCACCCUAUUGGCUGACCUCACACUGCGACCUCUUUGGGGGACACUAUCUCUGUGAGGAGGUAGAGGGGGCCGAUGAGGAGGAGACGGUGUACCACAUUAAAUGCCUCCCCCCCAUCAACGGAGGCAAGAGCCGAGACUUCGUGUUCCCGUUGUCAAAGAGACAGUCCUGCAACAAGUAAAGGUUUCCUUUAGAGCACGUGUCAAACUCGUUCCACGGAGGUGCAAAGUGUCUGCGGGUUUUCGCUCCACCCUUGUCCGUGAUGAAUUAAGGUCACUAAUCAGUAAGGAACUCCCCUCACCUCUGGUGUUCUAGGUCGUACCUGAAAGGAAACACAAAAAGACCCGCAGAGAUUCGGCCCUGCGUGGAAUACGUUUGGCACCCCCGCUUUAGAAGAAUGUGUGCGUUCCCGUCUUCUUGAGUGGAGAUGGUUAUGGGAUCGUUCUGAUUCCUGUUAGCCAUAUGUGUGUUUUGUCUACUACAGGGACCCCUAUGUGCUAGGCCUGAGGUCUGUAACCGUGGAAACAUCUCCCCCCCUGACCUCGCCUUCUGGACGAUAGCGGGGUGAACAGGCAGUGGCUCGGGUGGUUGUUGUCCUUGACGAUGGUUAGCCUUCACAAUUCAGAGACAAUGUGUUAAAACCAUGUGUUCCAGGUGUUACCACAAUCAGGUGACGUCAGGCGUGUUGCCGCAUGUAACCUGGCAGGCUGGUCUAAGUCUAUGGAGGAGACGGCUAGCACACGUACCACCUUCCUGGAGAGAGACACCACACACACUAAACCGGAGUCUGAUGGUUGAAUUGAUACUAUAUGGAGACUCGUGAUUCUAACGAGACAAAACACGUCUCUAGUCGAGCGGCUGCUAAUACAGGUGUCCAAUUUACAACGGACGGUGUUUCCGAAUGACCCAAAAUGUCUUGGUCACGGCAAAUGUAGGUCAUGUAUGUAAUAUAAGUCUAAUUUAUUGAAUUUUGCAAGAAAUAUUUCAGAUGUUGAUGUGAGUGAACGUGCAGUAAUAAUGAUACUUGAUGACAAAACAAAUUCUGUGAAAUGCAAAUAAAAACCUAUAUUUUGAA